AUGAUGAAAACUAGAGUUAAGGAUGAAAAAUUAAUUGAAAGUUACAUAGAGAUAUUUAACAACUCAGCUAUUGACUUUUUCAAUUCUCCACUUCGAUCUGAGGAUCAAUUGAGACCAUCAAGAGUUCAUUUUAAAAGUGAGCAAGGGUGCAGUUACAGUGAUUAUUUCAAAGAUGUAUACAAGAAGUCGAAGGAUAGUGAAGCACCAAAUAAUCGUAAGGCUAUCUUAGAGAAACAUAAGCGAACUCAAAAGAUUGAACUAGGUACUUUAUGGAACUCUUAUGAGAAAACAAUAUUUUUUCAUUGCCUUGAAAGGUAUUCAAUACAUAGACUAGAUGAUUGGCAUUAUAAAUUACCUGAAAAAUCUAAAUAUGAAAUAUUGACAUAUUAUGAUUUAUUAAAAAAAAAUCUUGACGAAAUGUUGAAAGAAAAUAAGACUGCAUUGAUAAAACGAGAAGAUAUCCCGAUAGCAUACGAAAUGGAUGAAUUUUACAUUAAGGUAGAGGAACGAAUAACACGUAUAAUACCUGAUAGAAUAGGCCAUGCAAAAAAAGUUGUUGUGAAUCCAUUUGUGGAGAAACCGAAACGUAAACUUAGACGAGAACGAAGAUAUCAAGAAGACGAAGAAGACGAUGACGAUGACGAAGAAGAGGAAGAAGAGGAAGAAGAGGAAGAAGAGGAGGAAGAGGAGGGAGCUAGCAGUGUAAAAGAAGAAAGAAACACUACUAAUAAAAUUCAAUCGGAAAUUAAUACACCAGAGGAUGAAGAAGAGUUCAUUAACUUUGAAAAUUGGAAUAAAAAGUGGCUACAGAUAUACUCACGGAGUGGAGAUGAAGAUAUAACAGAUUUAUUGAUACAAAAGCACAACAAUACGAAACCAUUAGAAUUCACAGAAAAAAUGUAUGAUUAUUUUAAAAAAAUAAUUUACAAUCAUGUCAAGAGACUCUUAUAUUUCAUAAUUAUUUUCAAAUUUGAUAAACGAAGCAUAUCGGUACGAGAACCAGAAGAUCAGAAUACUGAUGAAGAUGAUGCUGAUGAAGAUAGUGUCGUUGUAACUUAUAAAGAUGGCAAGUAUCCAAUAGUGAUAGAGCAGCAAGAUGUUGAGAAAUGUUUAAUGUUAAUGUUAUUCAAUAAAAGAGAAAAAAAAAUGACAUCAAUUGGUGAAAAUGUCCUAAAUUCAUUAUCCAAAUUUAAUAUUGAGUUGUUGAAGGAACCUAAUAAAAAAUUAUUUAUUCAUAAUUCUAUUUUAAGGACCAUGUUACCAUCAUUGGUCUACAAUAGUCUUAAACCGUUACCAAUACCUUUAAACACGGUUCAAGAGAUUACACAACUAAAAAUGAAAAUGAGAGAAGAGAGAAAUGUUAGAAGCAUUGAGUAUGGGUUAAACAAUUUGAACAAAAGAAUUUUGAAGAGGAAACUACGUAAAGUGCCAAUCAAUAAAGAAUCUCAAGAGCAUCAAGACGAGGAGGAGAAUGAAGAGAACGAGGAUGAAGUCAGAGACGAGAACGGUGAAACAAAUGAUGAUAAAGUUGCAUUUUAUUUUGAGAUUGUUGAUGAAGAGAUCGAUGAAAAAAAUCUUGAAAGUUAUAUGAAUGGCAAAAGUAAAAAUAUUCAUAAACGCAAUAAAAAAGAGCCCUUUGUUGUUGAUGAUAAGUACGAUCGAAUCAAUAAUCCAUUAGAGUAUGUGAUGUGUGAUUGGGAGAACCACGUACUUAAUGAAAAAGAUAAAGCUGUUUCUAGGAUGUAUCAAUCGGCACUGUUAAAUUAUCUUUAUUCUUGUAUAGAUCCACAACAACUUAACAACACCCAAUAUUUCACAGACGACAGCGAGGAUAGUGACACCGAUGAAUUUAGAAACGAGCAAGAUGGUAAUAAUAUUAUCAAUACUGGACCAUAUGAGAUAAUUGCAACAGAAGAACCUGAAAAUGAAGAAACUACUGAUUCCAAUAGUACGGAAGAUCUUGAGUUUGCUUAUGAUGCCACCACUGAUAACUAUGGUUAUCACAAGUUUACAACUGCCUGCCCAUUACCAAUCACUAGCCAUCAACUUAAAUUUUUCUAUCAUGCAAUCUGUAGAUGCAGACAGCAGAUAGUAAAGUAA